AUGCCCGCCUCACCAAAGAAAGCAACCAAGGCUCCAGCCAAGAAGGCCGAGCACCCAACCUUCAACGUCAUGAUCGUCGCUGCCAUCGCCGCCCUCAAGGAACGCUCCGGCUCCUCCCGACAGGCCAUCGAGAAGUACAUCGUCGCCAACUACAAGGGCGUCGAGAAGGGAUCCCACCACUUCAAGAAGGCCCUCAAGACCGGCGUCGAGAAAGGCGUCCUCGUCCAGACCAAGGGCGUCGGUGCCAGCGGUUCCUUCAAGAUCAAGAAGCAAGAGAAGCCAGCCAAGCCCGCUGCCGCCAAGAAACCCGCUGCCAAAAAGACUGCCGCCAAGAAGCCAGCAGCCAAGAAGGUCGCCGCCAAAAAGCCCGCUGCAAAGAAGGUCGUCAAGAAAACUGCGACGAAGAAAGCCGCCUCCCCCAAAAAGGUUGUCAAGAAAGUCGCUGCCAAGAAGCCAGCUGCCAAAAAGACCGCCAAGAAGACUGGCAAGAAGUAA